GCUCCAAAAACUGAAUUAAGCCCUAUGCGUAGGCUGCUUGCAGAACAGCCAUCGGCCCCCGAAACCUGAGCAGGCACGGCGGCGACGGACCGCCGGCGAGUAAGAUGAAGACGGUGAGCAUGGGCGCCCCCAGGUCCUCCACCGUCAAGUUCCGCAUGCCGACGAGGGACAACCUGGUGCCGAUACGCGUCGACGUCGAGGUGGACGGCCAGCGCUACCGGGACGCCUUCACCUGGAACCCUCGCGAUCCCGACUCAGAGAUCAUGAGCUUCGCCAAGAGGACGGCCAAGGACCUGAAGCUGCCGACCAGCUUCGUCCCCCAGAUGUUCCACUCCAUCCAGGGGCAAUUGGCCGACUUUCGUUCCUACGAGGGGCAGGAUAUGCAGGUCAAAGAGAAGAUUGUGCCCCUCAAGAUUGACCUCCGGGUGAACAACACUAUAGUGAGAGACCAGUUCUUGUGGGAUAUAGGCAACCUUGAAAGCGAUCCUGAGGAAUUUGCAAGGACCUUAUGUGAUGAUUUGAACAUUACAGAUCCUGAAGUUGGGCCUGCUAUAGCUGUUUCCAUCCGCGAGCAGCUUUAUGAGAUUGCUAGUCAGAGUGUUUCAGCUAUGAGAGAAGCUAAAAUGUCAAAGAAGAGGCGAGCACCAGAAUUUGCUUCAAAUAGUAAAGCCAUGAAUAACGCAGUGGACAUGUUCAAGUAUUUUGGAAGCAAAGGGAGCGUCAUCCGGAAAAGGAAGGAGUGGUACCUGUAUGCACCUGUUGUUGAUGUAAUUUCUAACGAGAAAACUGUAGUUGUUGCAAAGGAUGAAGCUAAGCUCUAGGUCGUUGUAGAAAAAUGGAAGCAUCCCCUUCAGUUUCCGUGACCAGCUGUAAUUGGGAACCUUGAGGAGGAAUGUUGCUGAGUUGCUUGGAAGAACUUGUCAGCUGGCAACCGUCCUUUUCUGUCUGGCAACGAGUUCUAGGUAGGACCUCCACUGAGUACACCGCUUGGCAGUGUGAGGGUUUGAGGUAGAAUAGGCUAGCUCUGUAUACCUGCUGCUGAUGGCGACAUGAACGAGGCCACAUCUUGUUGAAAAUUUCUGACGUUGUGCCAAUGUUUCACAUGUUUGUCUGUA